AUGCGGCGCGAUGAGCGAUCGGGCUGCGCGGGGCCGGCGCUGAGACCCGGUGAGAGCCACCGGGGGCCAACGCUCCAAACUCUUCACCUCCAGUGCUCGCCAGAGCCCCCUCCCCAGCACCGCCAGCACUCCCCGCCCAGGGCAAGGCGAACCCUCCAGACCCCCCUUUUCACCCCCUCCCGCUCCCCGAGCCCCGGCAGCACCGAGCGGUUCCCACCUGCGCCUGGACAACACGCGCUCUCCUUCUCCUUCUUCUCCUCCUCUUUCUCCUUUUCCUUCUUCUCCGCCGACGAUUCCCCGCGUUUGCACACCUGCGUUUCGCCCCUGCCCGUGUCCCCGGCGCGGGGGGGUCGCCCCCGAGCCCCCGAGGUUGUCCGGCGGCAGCGGCGGCGGGAGUUGGACGCGCGGCGGAGCCGCUGCCGGAUCCGCAGGGGGCACCUGGAGCGCUGGUGCCGCCUCAAGGAGCAGCUCGGCUUCGCCCUGCACUCCCAGCUCGCCCAGUUCCUGCUCAACAGGUACAGCAACCCCGGCGGUCCCCGGAGCUCAGGGGAUCCAGGGGAGCCAGGCCAUCUCCACCCAGCCUCCCUGCAGCGCCUGGUGCUCCUGUCCCAGGGGCACGGGCAGGAGUGUGGCUUUGUGCCCGACAUGCAGCCGCCGGCGCCGGGCAGCGCCGACCCCCUGGUCUGGGAGUGCGUGGCCGGGCACCGCUUCUCCUGGGGGGGCCCUGGGGGGCCUGGGACACCCCCACGAGCCCCCCCAGGGCCGGGAGACCCCUCGGAUAAGGAGGAGGAGGAAGAGGAAGCCCCCCAGGUGCCCCCAGAGCCGUCCCCCGUGGCAGCAGCGGGCGGGAGGUGCCGGAGGAGGACGCAGGGGAAGGACGAGGAGGAGGCUCAGAUCGGCCCCAAAAGGAUCAGGAAGGCGGCGAAGUGCGAGAUCCUCCUCUGCGACUUCGAGGGCUGCGGGAAAAUCUUCUCCAACCGCCAGUACCUGAACCACCACCAGAAGUACCAGCACGUUCACCAGAAAACCUUCACCUGCCCCGAGUCCUCCUGCGGCAAAUCCUUCAACUUCAAGAAGCACCUCAAGGAGCACCAGAAGCUGCACAGCGACCAGCGGGAUUUCAUCUGCGAGUUCUGCGCCCGCUCCUUCCGCACCAGCAGCAACCUCCUCAUCCACCGGCAUCCACGCAUCCACACCGGGGAGAAGCCACUCCAGUGUGAGAUCUGCGGCUUCACGUGCCGCCAAAAGGCCUCCCUGAACUGGCACAUGAGGAGACAUGACGCCGACUCCUUGUACCAGUUCAUACACCAGAUCAGGACGGGAUCUACAUCCGAUACCGUACUGAUGGAAGCCUUUUCAACCUAAGGGGACUGAAGGCCCACACCAAGACCUUAAACCAUCUU